AUGGAAGCCACGCCACUGGUGCCCGUUGUGGUAUCAUCAUUUCAAAUUCGUUUCCACCGUGCGACCAUGUCUCGUCGUCAGCCUCGUCCCCGCGGCGCUCUCAACCACGCUCUACACCGUGCGUAUGACGCACUUCUUCCACAACAACGUCGUGACCCUACACGCUUGGAGGAAUUUCGUCCGGUCGACACCGACCGUUCGCCUGGACAACCUUCUUCUGCAGCGAGUCUUUCGUCACCGUCAGGAACUUCUCUUCCCAUGGAUCAUGAACCAACGCCAAUGCCGGCAGCAACGACCGCUGCGGCAUCUUCCGCUGCACUUCAGACUGGGACUCAAUCAUCGGCCCUGGUCCCUGUUGCUUCUCCAGCUCCUGCUGAGCCUUCGGAGGAGUUGACCGUGGAUUCGCUGCGCGAUCUUCUCGCUGAGUCAGCUGACCCAACGGUAGACUCCGUAAGGACUGCUCUCUUGCCGUAUUUGACGCUGAUGGCACGGCACCAAGUCCAGCUCAGCAUCUCGCCCCCACUUCAGGGUCUUCGAGCUGCCGAGGUCGACCUUUCAACACUCGGCCUUGACCGGGACACGUUCCGCCCUCUUCAGCAAAAGGCGGGCGACCAAGAAGAUCCGUUCGCCCUUGCUGAAGCUCUGGCCAAGACUGCUCAACAAGUUCAGAGCAGUGCUUCCAAACGUAGUCGUCAUUGA